UCGACCGUCGUCAUCGUCGUUACCGUUCCCGCGGAUGAAACAGCCAAAACCCUAAACAGAAAUCACGGGAAAAAAAAAAGUUAAUUACAAAAUUCGGUUUCAAUCUGGAGGGAAAACACAGAGAAGAGGAAGAAGGAAAUCGGAACUAAUAAACUCUCUUAAAGCAUUGCUACUCAUCACAGAUAAUCGUUUGUGGUUGGCUGUUUAUUGAUGGAAAGCGGCGGCAAAGGGAGAGAGGAAGAACAAGACGGCAUUUCUGUACACUCUCCAUGUAAAGCUCCACCCUCCUCCGCAUCCUCUCUCCCCAAGGAGCAACCCCAGAUUGAAUUGGAACUCAAACUCUUGCAAGCUCUUGAAAUCUAUCCACUAGUCAAACUACAAGGGAUACAUCGCCAUUUUGUUCUCUUUGGGUUGAUGGAAUUUCUGCGAAGAAGCUUUGAUCGUCAGUUCUCUUCAGACGAGGUUCUACAGUUAUUGGAUCGUUUCUAUAACCUGGAGAUGCUGAAGCCAGAUGAUGAGGAAAUGGAAAUUCUGAAUCACGAGGAAGAUUUUUGCUUACCACAAACCUUCUUCGUCAAAGAAGAGUCUUAAGGCAAAUUGCUCAUAUGGAUGAGUAGCUUAGCACUUCCUGGCAUACGAUAGUUUGUUAUCGCCCUUUUUUUAAGGUAGGGUCGUUCCCUUUUUGUUUUGUAAAUGUUAAUAUUUAUUCAAAAUCUUUGCUGGUUAAUAUUUAUUCAAAAUCUCUCUUUACAAGGAUGAA